AUGCGAUACCCGGAGGCAUCUGACUCGUCUGAGAAGAUUCGCAAACAUCGCGCUGCAUAUGCCAUGACUGGGACCGGGGCUGUGCGGCAUCGGAGUGUCAAGGCUCCUGCACCGGCUGCAGAUGGCGCGGCGAUCCCACCUGCCCCGGCUGCUGUGCCUGAUGACGCAGGACGCCCCCCGGCAUCUGUGGUACACAUCCCUGGUUUGCGCGCUCUCGUCGACUCGUCUCAUGAGCACUUCAUUCCUCCGCCUGCGCAGCGAAAUGUGACCCCUCUUGUCAUGCGCGUCUUCCCUCGCCAUGUGCAUGCUCGCGCUGCGCUGACCGAUCAGCAGCGUGAUAUCCUCACCUUGCACAGCCGCAGGACACACUCGCUCAAGUCGCAGGAUAGGGUCUUGCAGUCUACCAUCUUCGCUCAUUUUCCUGAGCGAGACCUGAGCCACUCUCCGAUGCGAGUCUCGAGCUACUACUUUUUACCUUCUGCCAGUAAAUCCUAUGGGUACCCCCUCAAGGCCUUCCCGCACCGCUAUGCUCAGAUGCUCGACUGCUAUCUCCAUGACAUGCCGAUCUGCCAGUGUCCGACGGAAUGUGAUGGAUGUCAGCGCGAGCUCGACCCCUCCGUUGCUGCACAUCAUCUCCAGACCUGCAAACGCCGAUCCUCCAAGCUUCCAACGGCGCAUGACAACCUUACUCGUACGAUUCGGUCGAUGCUGAACGAAGCUGGUCUUCAGAGCGUCAUCGAUACAGUGGGGGAUCCUCGUUCUCGACGGCAGGUACCCUCCCAUCCUCAUGGCCGCAAGAUGAAGGGCGAUAUCCACAUCCCUGGAAUCCGCGAUCGAGGGUCCGAGCAGUACGAGGGCUUGAUGGCGGACGUGACGUUGGUCCACCCUUACAUUGGUAGCUCUGCCGACCUGACCAAGUGGGGGGAGGUCAACCUCGACGCCCUCCAUGUUGCAGCGUCUGAGAAGAUUCGCAAACAUCGCGCUGCAUAUGCUAUGACUACUCCUCCUCGAGCGUUCAUCCCUCUUGCCAUCUCGACGGACGGUACCCUGCAUCCUGACACCCUCCGCUUCAUCUGGUAUCUUGCGGACAUCAUUGCUCAGCGCUCGAUGCCUCUUGAGGAUGCGGCGUUUGGUCGGCACUUCGUGCCUGAUGACGGACCUGCUGCUGAGGUCUUGGCUCGCAAACGCGCCGCCACCUAUCAGCGCCUCACCAUGCAGCUGACGCUGGAAGCGCUCUUGUCUGGUGCGAGGCGCAUGACGCCCUUGCGGGCGCAAGCACUCCUCGAGCCAGAGGACAGCUCCUCCUCGGACUUUGUCGAGUCGCCCGAGGAGUCUUCGCCGGAGGUCUCCGACUCCGAUGGGGGACACCCUUCGAGUGGCCCCGACGAUCGGCGCGGAGCUGGCGAGGCGUCUCCGUCCCUCACUGUGACGUCGGGUGCCUCCGGAGAGCUCGACACCACUGGGGUGCUUGCUGCUGGUCCGAGCUCGCCUGCUUCCUCCCCGGCAUCGGUCGGGUCACGCCGGUCCUUGGGCAUUGCCGCGGCGUCGCCGCCGUCACGGGCGGCUACCGCUGACUCGGCUACCGCUGACUCGGAGGCUAGCGAGGAGGACUACCUCGAGCGGUACCGUGUUCCUGUGUCCAGCCUCCCUCCGUCCGCUGCCCCAGGCGGACCCCCGGGCAACGCCGGCUCCUUGUCGGCGGCUGCCCUUUCUCCGUCCGCGGCCGCCCGCUUUGUGGCGGCAGCGGACGUCUCGACUGACAGUGGUCAGUCGGCUGCCUCCGGGUAUCGCGUCUAA